GCAGCUUUAUUCUCGAGCGAGAGACGGAGUGAAGAAACUGCACUCCACCCGCGGUGCCGCCCGGUCUGAGCUCGUGUCCAUCAUCAUCAUCAUCCUCAUCAUCAUCAACAUCAUCAUCAUCAUCAUCACUGCUGCUUUUCUUUUUCUUCCUCAGUGUCAGCAUCAGUUAAUUAUAAUCCGUCUCUCGCGCACGCUUUCAUUCUGCAGCAGAAGAGAAGAGCGCGUGCUGCGGAGAUUUCACAUCUCUCUCUCUCUCUCUCUCUCUCUCUCUCACUCACUCGCACGGUUAUAGAGGCUCGCGCUCUGCUCUGUCACACGAGAAGAGAAGAGAAGAAGAGAAGAAGAGGAGGAGGACAGAGGACGUGGUCGCGCGCUGACUGUCUGCAUCAGCAUGCACCGGAGCUGAGGGCUCUCCCACCGGCCGCGCGAGCCUUCUUUUUGUGAUUUGUGAUUAGCGCGCGGACACGGUGUGUGUGUGUGUGUGUGUGAGAGAGAGAGAAUAUGGCCUCCUCGUGCAGCAGUUCGCCGGAGGGAGGAUCCCCGCCGCAUCAGGGCCGCUUGCGCCAGUCGGACAGUAACACUAGUUUCUUGAGAGCAGCAAGAGCCGGAAACAUUGAGAAAGUUCUGGAGCUUCUGAAGGGAGGACAAGACAUCAGUACCUGUAACCAGAAUGGGUUAAAUGCUCUUCAUCUCGCUGCUAAAGAAGGUCAUGUGGAGCUGGUGGAGGAGCUGCUGGAGAGAGGAGCAGCUGUAAACUCAGCUACCAAGAAAGGAAACACUGCUCUCCACAUUGCCUCAUUGGCUGGUAAGAAGGAAGUGGCUAAGCUGCUAGUGAAAAGAGGAGCAGAUGUGAACUCCCAAUCACAGAAUGGCUUCACUCCACUCUAUAUGGCUGCUCAGGAGAAUCACCUGGAUGUGGUGCGCUACCUGCUGGAGAAUGGAGGAAACCAGAGUACAGCCACCGAGGAUGGCUUCACCCCGUUAGCGAUCGCUCUGCAGCAGGGUCAUAACCAGGUAGUGUCUCUGUUACUGGAGAAAGACACUAAAGGGAAAGUGCGUUUACCUGCACUGCACAUCGCCGCCCGCAAAGAUGACACCAAGUCUGCUGCACUCCUGCUCCAGAACGACCACAACGCUGACGUCCAAGCCAAGAUGAUGGUCAACAGGACAACUGAGAGUGGCUUCACUCCACUCCACAUCGCUGCUCAUUACGGAAAUGUUAAUGUUUCUACACUGCUACUGAACCGUGGCGCUGCUGUGGACUUCACCGCCAGGAAUGGUAUCACCCCUCUGCAUGUGGCCUCUAAACGGGGAAAUACCAACAUGGUGUCCUUGCUGCUCGAUAGGGGGGCACAGAUCGAUGCUAAGACAAGGGAUGGUUUGACUCCGCUUCACUGUGCUGCCAGAAGUGGUCAUGAUGCAGCGGUGGAGCUGCUGUUAGAGAGAGGAGCUCCGAUACUUGCAAGAACCAAGAAUGGGCUGUCCCCACUGCACAUGUCUGCACAGGGUGAUCAUGUCGAGUGUGUAAAGCACCUACUGCAAUACACAGCGCCAGUUGAUGAUGUCACUCUGGAUUACCUCACCGCUCUGCAUGUCUCCGCCCAUUGCGGCCACUACAGAGUCACUAAAUUAUUGCUGGACAAGAGAGCCAAUCCCAAUGCACGAGCACUGAAUGGCUUCACUCCACUGCACAUUGCCUGUAAGAAGAACAGAGUAAAAGUGAUGGAGCUGCUAGUGAAAUAUGGAGCUUCUAUUCAGGCCAUAACUGAAUCGGGUCUGACUCCAAUCCAUGUGGCAGCGUUUAUGGGUCACCUGAACAUUGCGCUGUUGCUGCUGCAGAAUGGAGCUUCACCGGAUGUCUGCAACGUCCGUGGAGAGACAGCCCUGCACAUGUCAGCGAGGGCGGGGCAGAUGGAGGUGGUGCGUUGCCUGCUGAGAAACGGAGCUCGCGUAGACGCAACAGCCAGAGAGGGUCAGACCCCCCUCCAUAUUUCGGCGAGGUUGGGUCAGUCUGAUACGGUGCAGUUGUUGUUGCAGCACAUGGCCGAUCCCGACGCUGCCACCACUAACGGAUACACACCUCUGCACAUCGCCGCUCGAGAGGGACACACGCACAUCGUCUCUGUGCUGCUGGAGGCUGGAGCCACACACGCACUGACCACCAAAAAAGGGUUUACUCCUCUGCACGUAGCAGCAAAGUACGGAAGCCUGGAGGUGGCCAAACUCCUACUGCAGCGCAGAGCCCUGCCUGAUGAAGCCGGAAAGGACAGUCUCACUCCUCUGCAUGUGGCAGUUCACUAUGAUAAUCAGCAGGUCGCGCUUCUGUUGCUGGAUAAAGGCGCAUCACCUCACAGCACAGCCAAGAACGGAUACACCCCGCUCCACAUUGCGGCGAGGAAGAAUAAGCUGGAGGUGGCAAGAGUGCUGUUGCAGAAGGGGGCGGAGCCUGGAGCUGCAACACGGCAGUUCAUGACCCCGCUACACCUCGCUGCCCAAGAGGGACAUGAUGACAUGGCCGCCCUGCUGCUGGACCACGGAGCUAAUGUUAAUGUUAAUGCAAAAAACGGUCUCACUCCACUACAUCUUGCUGCUCAGGAGGACAGAGUGAAUGUAGCUGAAAUUCUUGUUAAACAUGGUGCUUACUUAGACCACCAAACAAAACUGGGUUACACCCCACUUAUCGUCGCCUGUCACUAUGGAAACGUGAAGAUGGUGAACUUCCUGUUGCAGCAUGGGGCAAAUGUAAACACCAAAACUAGAAAUGGGUACACACCGCUUCACCAAGCAGCUCAGCAGGGAAACACACACAUCAUCAAUGUUCUGCUUCAUCACGGUGCGAAGCCCAAUGCUAUUACCAUGAACGGGAACACAGCUCUCUCCAUCGCUAAGCGUCUAGGCUACAUCUCUGUGGUGGACACACUGAAGGUCGUUACUGAGGAGGUCAUCACCAUGACGACUACGGUGACAGAGAAGCACAAGCUGAACGUUCCUGAGACAAUGACUGAAGUUCUGGAUGUUUCUGAUGAGGAAGGUGAGGACACAAUGACUGGAGAUGGAGGUGAGUAUCUGAGGGUGGAGGACCUGAGAGAGCUGGGAGAUGACUCUCUGUCCGGAAAAUACCUGGAUGGCAUGAGCUACCUCAGCCAUAACCUGGACAGGGCUCAUUACACUUCACCUCACUUGGGCUAUCAGAGAGAUGGAGUUCUCAUCGAGGACAUGAUCACCAGCCACCAGGUAUCAAGUCUGUCCAGAGAAAAUGAUAAAGACUCGUAUCGGCUGAGCUGGGGAGCCGAACACCUAGACAACGUAGUCCUGACUAACACGCUGCUGCAGUCUGGCUUCCUGGUCAGUUUCAUGGUAGAUGCAAGGGGCGGGGCCAUGCGUGGUUGCCGUCACAACGGUCUACGCAUCAUAGUCCCACCCAGGAAGUGUUCAGCUCCAACACGUGUGACCUGCAGACUGGUAAAGAGACACCGCGUGGCCACAAUGCCCCUGGUGGAGGGAGAUGGAAUUACAGGACGUAUCAUAGAGCUUGGACCUACAGGAUCACCGUUCCUUGGGAAGUUACACUUGCCUACAGCUCCGCCCCCUCUUAAUGAGGGAGAGAGUUUGGUGAGCAGAAUCCUGCAGCUUGGCCCACCGGGAACCAAAUUCCUUGGACCGGUGAUAGUGGAGAUUCCUCACUUUGCGGCUCUGCGUGGUUCUGAGCGAGAGCUUGUGGUUCUGCGCAGCGAGACAGGAGAGAGCUGGAGAGAACACCACUGUGAGCACACUGAGGAGGAACUCAACCAGAUCCUCAAUGGCAUGGACGAGGAAUUGGACUCACCCGAGGAGCUGGAGAAGAAGCGCAUCUGCCGCAUCAUCACUCGUGAUUUCCCACAAUUCUUUGCGGUGGUGUCUCGGAUACGGCAGGACAGUCACCUGAUUGGUCCAGAGGGGGGGGUUCUCAGCAGCUCAUUAGUUCCUCAGGUGCAGGCAGUGUUUCCUGAAGGAGCUCUGACCAAAAGGAUCCGUGUCGGACUACAGGCUCAGCCAAUAGGGCCUGAGGUAGUGAAGAGGAUUCUCGGUAAUAAGGCGACAUUCAGCCCUAUUGUUACUCUGGAGCCCCGGAGACGCAAAUUCCACAAACCCAUCACCAUGACGAUCCCCAUUCCCAAAACCUCCACCAAUGAGGGCAGUAGCAGCAGCAUGCUGGGGGAGACGCCCACUCUGCGUUUACUCUGCAGCAUCACAGGAGGUACCACCCCGGCGCAGUGGGAGGACAUCACUGGUUCGACUCCUCUCACCUUCAUUAAUCAGUGUGUCUCCUUCACCACCAAUGUCUCAGCUCGGUUCUGGCUGAUAGACUGCCGUCAGUCUCAGGAGUCAGUGACGUUCUGCACGCAGCUGUAUAGGGAGAUCAUCUGUGUUCCCUACAUGGCCAAGUUUGUCAUCUUCGCUAAGACACUCGACCCAAUCGAGGCACGGCUGCGCUGUUUCUGCAUGACCGAUGACAAGAUGGAUAAGACCCUGGAACAACAGGAGAACUUCACCGAGGUGGCACGCAGCCGAGACGUGGAGGUUCUGGAAGGAAAGCCCAUUUUUGUGGAUUGUUUUGGAAACCUUGUUCCUCUGACUAAAAGCGGACAGCACCACAUUUUCAGCUUCUAUGCCUUCAAGGAGAACCGUCUUGCUCUAUUCAUAAAGAUCCGUGACAGUGCACAGGAGCCGUGUGGUCGACUUUCAUUCACCAAAGAACCGAGAACUUACCGCAGCCUGAACCACAAUGCCAUCUGCAACCUGAACAUCACACUUCCUGUUUACUCAAAGGAUUCUGAUUCAGACCAGGAUGCUGAUGAAGAGAGUGAGAAGACACAUGACAAAUAUGAGGAUGAAACUGAAUCAACAGAAUUCUCCACACUGCACACACACAUUGUUCAUGAUCCGGCAACGCUCGCCAGUCCUGAUCUCCUCUCAGACGUCUCGGAUAUGAAACAGGACCUUAUUAAAAUAUCUGGCUUCCUGACCAAUGACGUUUCAGAGCAGUCUCUGGUGGAUGGAUUAAAAUACUAUGUAGAUAAUGAGGAUGAAGAAGAGCCGUUUGAGAUAGUUGAAAAGGUCAAAGAGGACUUGGAAAAGGUGGGAAAGAUUCUAAGUGUUGGAAACUUUGGUAAAGAAACUGAAAAAUCUAAGUGUAGUGAUAAAGAGGCAGCAGAAGUGAAAAGCCAGAUGAUUGAGCCUUUACUUAGAGAGGUCAGAAUCACAAGAGCCACUGAUUGCAGUUCUGCACCCCAGAAGGAUGCGUCUGAAAUGGUUUCACAUCUUAGUACAGAUUUGGACAGCUAUCUCCAGCACCUGCCUGUGACUGCUUAUCCUGUCCAAGAGGAGAAUAUCUUCGAAGAGACAUUUACAGAAGUUGUGCUACCUCGGAAGCGUCAUCCUCCACGAAUAAAAAAACCAGCAAGAAAGAAGCUUAAAGAGAGAGAGUUUGUAAGCUGUAGCUCUGAAGAUGAGCUGGAGAGGAUGAGCUCUGAGGAAUCACUUGAUGGAGACACACUUCUUGGGGACUCUGAGCUUGGAGUGCCACCUGUGUCUCCUAAAGUCAUUGAGACUUCCAUUGGGUCCAUCAAAGACAGAGUCAAAGCACUUCAGAAGAAAGUGGAAGAAGAGGAAAAGGAGGAGAGUGUCAAAGUCAGAGAGGUGAGACGAAUUACUGCUGUCCAGAGCAAAGCUUUCCCGACCAUGAGAGAAACGGAGGAAAAUUACACUCUACCUCCUAAAUCUCCGAAAUCCCCUCUGUCUCAGACUGAGAGAAUAGAGCACUCCAUGUCUGUGAAGGAGCUGAUGAAAGCAUUUCAAACUGGACAGGACCCGUCAAAGAGCAAAUCUGGACUCUUUGAACAUAAAGCAAUUACUAAGCUGGUGGUUACAUCUACAACAGAGGUUUCUGAGAAAUCUAGAAAUGCUCAAAUAUCUGACCUACAAACUUCAGCAAUUAAACCAUCAGCAGAAGAGAUCAAUUCUCAGAGCAUCACUGGAGAAUCAUCACAAAUCAUCCAUGAUCAAUAUCAACAAAAUAAGAUUAGUGAUGAAAUUACACAUGAGCAGGCACAAAGAACAUCAGAGGAUCCUAGUGUUAGCAAAACUAGUGUGGACAUUUCAAUCAGUAACAAAGACUCCUGGAGACCAAGCAGUCUGCACAAUGAGAACACACUGAUUAGAGUAAGAGAAGAUCUAAAUGAUGCACCAGAUGUACACAGAAUUCAGCAUUGUGAGCAAGGAGAGACUUCAAAUAUGUCAUCUUGUUAUGAGGAAGAGGAUAAAGAAGAGAUAUUAUUCAGUGGAGACAAAAUCAUACAAAAUAAAGAAUGCACCAAGGAACUGUGUCAAGAGGAAGUACAAGCUAAAGACUCAACGGUAACUUUGGAAGUGUGGCACCAUGAGGAAGAACAGUGUAGUCCUGAAAUACUGCACUAUAAAAAACUAAGCGCCAGGCAUGAACGGAGAACAUCUGAAGAACCACAGAUUAGCCCAGACCGGAAACCUUCUGAAGACUUCAGUGCUGUUAUCAAGGAAGAACUCGAGGAGAGUCCAGAGUAUCAGCUGUUUAUCCAGGCAGCAGGUUCAUCACCGGUCAGCUACACAUCAUACAGCGAGACUCAUAUUAUACAAGAUGGCAAUCAGGUGGAGCACACUGCUGUGGUACACCAUUCAUACAAACCAAAGCCAGCAGUCAGAUUUGCUCCUGCAGUGGUCCAGAGUGAGAAAUUUCUUUCAACUAUAAUUCACGAUGAGGAAAUAGAUGAAAAACUCAAGAGGAGCAGGCAAGCAGGUGGAGAUUCAACUGACAUUAUGUUCAAGAGCAGGACACCUAUAACAAGCUUAGGAGAGUAUGAAGCUUAUGAAGAAUUUAAACAAACUGCACAAACAAGUCCAGACCAGGAGGUUAAAUCACCAACAGAGGACCAGCCUGAAGAGAAGGGUGCAAUGCAAUUAGAAUACACAGAAAGCGGAAGUCCAACCAAAAGUGCAGUCCAAACAAGAAUUGAAACACAAGAGACAGAAGAAAAAGACCAGCAAGAUCAAGACACAGUGCAAGUGACAUUUUAUAUGGAAAUCAAAAGUCCAGUCGAUACAGAGCUGGAGUUCAUGCAAAAGUCACCCUCAGAUAUCAAAAGCCAAGUCCAAACAGAGCAGGAACUCAGUUUUCAGGUUGAAAGAGACCAGAUGAGUCAGGCUAUGGGCAGCUAUGAGGUUUCUUCUGUAGAAACUGCUGAGUCUGAACAAUUUCAGCAAAUGUCAUCUAGACCACACGCCCUGGAAGACACACAGCCUGUUACGAUAAGUGAUCUUAAAAGAAACUCACCUGAGAUGACACCUGAUAAAGAGGAUAUCUCUUCUCACAAGUCUCUUGACUCAAUGCAGGUAUCAUCAACAGAAAUCAAAAUAGUCCAAACAGAGCUUGAGGAAACACAUUUAAAUGAGACAGAGGAAGUCCAGCAUCUGUGUAUAACUACAAUGGAAAAAAGGUCUGUUACAGAAACGCAAAUACAAGCACGCACAGAGGAGGGAAUAGGUUUUACUGUUGAAUCUGGUAUUUCAGAGAGCCAUGACCCUCCUGUACCUGAGGAAACUAAACAGCUUAGAGGAAUUUAUGAGAUUUCCUGUGAUGAAUUUCAGGAAAAUCAGCAAAUGCCUUAUUCCACAUUCUCUAUAUCUAGCACUGACAUCCUUGAUGACCUGCAAUACGUAACAAGUGAUCCUGAAAGUGGUUUCAAAUCAGACUCACCGGAGAUGACAUCUGGUAAGGAGGAUUUCUCUAAUCACAAGUCUCCUGACUCUGUGCAGGUAUCAUCCAGAGAAAACAAAAGUCCAGUCCAAACAGAGAGAACAGGUUUACAUGAGACAGAAGAAGACCGUGAGCAUGUGUAUAAGUCUACAGUGGAAAAAUGGUCACUUUCAGAAAUCCAAACACAAAUACAGACAGAGGAGGAAAUAAAUGUUAAUGUGGGAGUGGAUAGUCCAGUUCAGGAUCUGGAUGACAGCUUUCAGGAUUCAGCACUUAAGGAAACUAAACAAACUAGAGAUGUUUAUGAGAUUUUCUCUGAGAAAACUGGUGAGUCUGAAGAAUAUCAGCAAAUGCAGCAAAGGUUGUAUAGUGCUGUUACCCUUCAUGACCUACAGUCUGUAAUGACAAGUGGUCCUAAAAGUGCCUGCCAGGUAGACCCCCAGGAGUCUAUACCUGUUAAAGAGGACCUCUCUCCUUCCAAGUCUCCUGACUCGGUGCAGGUAUCAUCAACAGAAAUCAAAAUUCCAGACCAAACAGAGCUUGGGAAAACCCAUUUACACGAGACAGAGGAAGAAUUCCAGCAUGCGUGUAUAACUACAGUGGAAAAGACGACUUUUACAGAAACCAAAACGCAAGCUCACGCAAAGGAGGGAAUAUGUUUUACUGUUGAAUCUGGUAUUUCAGUUCAGAAUCUGCAUGACAGCUAUGAGGCUCCUGUACCUGAGGAAACUAAACAGCUUAGAGGAAUUUAUGGGAUUUCCCCUGAUGAAUUUCAGGAGAAUCACCAAAUCCCUUAUUCCACGUCCUCUACAUCUAGCCCUGACAUCCUCAAUGACCUACAGUACAUAACAAGUGAUCCUGAAAGUGGUUGUAAGUCAGACUCACAGGUUAUGUCACCUGGUAAAGAGGAUGUCUCUACUCACAGGUCUCCUGACUCUGUGCAGGUAUCAUCCAGAGAAAUCAAAAGUCCUGUCCAAACAGAGAGAACAGGUUUACAUGAGACAGGGGAAGAUGAACAGGAAGAAUAUAAGACUACAGUGGAAAAGUUUUCACCUACAGAAAUCCAAACAAAAAUCCAGACAAAGGAGGAAAUAAAUGUUGACUUGGGAGUAGAUAGUCCAGUUCAGGAUCUGCAUGACCCCUAUCAAGUUUAUGCACUUAAGGAAACUAAACAAACUAGAGAUUUUUCCUCUGAGGAAACUGCUGAGUCUGAAGAAUUUCAGGAACUUCAGCGAAGGUUGUAUAGUGUUGUUAACCUUUCUGACCUACAGCCUGUAAUGACAAGUGGUCCUGAAAGUGCCUGCCAGGUAGACCCCCAGGAGACUACAUCUGGUAAAAAGGAUCUCUCUUCUCCUGACUCAGUGCAGGUAUCAUCAACAGAAAUCAAAAUUCCAGACCAAACAGAGCUUGGGAAAACCCAUUUACAUGAGACAGAGGAAGAAUUCCAGCAUGCGUGUAUAACUACAGUGGAAAAGACGACUUUUACAGAAACCAAAACACAAGCUCACGCGAAGGAGGGAAUAUGUUUUACUGUUGAAUCUGGUAUUUCAGUUCAGAAUCUGGAUGACAGCUAUGAGGCUCCUGUACCUGAGGAAACUAAACAGCUUAGAGGAAUUUAUGGGAUUUCCCCUGAUGAAUUUCAGGAGAAUCACCAAAUCCCUUAUUCCACGUCCUCUACAUCUAGCCCUGACAUCCUCAAUGACCUACAGUACAUAACAAGUGAUCCUGAAAGUGGUUGUAAGUCAGACUCACAGGUUAUGUCACCUGGUAAAGAGGAUGUCUCUACUCACAGGUCUCCUGACUCUGUGCAGGUAUCAUCCAGAGAAAUCAAAAGUCCUGUCCAAACAGAGAGAACAGGUUUACAUGAGACAGGGGAAGAUGAACAGGAAGAAUAUAAGACUACAGUGGAAAAGUUUUCACCUACAGAAAUCCAAACAAAAAUCCAGACAAAGGAGGAAAUAAAUGUUGACUUGGGAGUAGAUAGUCCAGUUCAGGAUCUGCAUGACCCCUAUCAAGUUUAUGCACUUAAGGAAACUAAACAAACUAGAGAUUUUUCCUCUGAGGAAACUGCUGAGUCUGAAGAAUUUCAGGAACUUCAGCGAAGGUUGUAUAGUGUUGUUAACCUUUCUGACCUACAGCCUGUAAUGACAAGUGGUCCUGAAAGUGCCUGCCAGGUAGACCCCCAGGAGACUACAUCUGGUAAAAAGGAUCUCUCUUCUCCUGACUCAGUGCAGGUAUCAUCAACAGAAAUCAAAAUUCCAGACCAAACAGAGCUUGGGAAAACCCAUUUACAUGAGACAGAGGAAGAAUUCCAGCAUGCGUGUAUAACUACAGUGGAAAAGACGACUUUUACAGAAACCAAAACACAAGCUCACGCGAAGGAGGGAAUAUGUUUUACUGUUGAAUCUGGUAUUUCAGUUCAGAAUCUGGAUGACAGCUAUGAGGCUCCUGUACCUGAGGAAACUAAACAGCUUAGAGGAAUUUAUGGGAUUUCCCCUGAUGAAUUUCAGGAGAAUCACCAAAUCCCUUAUUCCACGUCCUCUACAUCUAGCCCUGACAUCCUCAAUGACCUACAGUACAUAACAAGUGAUCCUGAAAGUGGUUGUAAGUCAGACUCACAGGUUAUGUCACCUGGUAAAGAGGAUGUCUCUACUCACAGGUCUCCUGACUCUGUGCAGGUAUCAUCCAGAGAAAUCAAAAGUCCUGUCCAAACAGAGAGAACAGGUUUACAUGAGACAGGGGAAGAUGAACAGGAAGAAUAUAAGACUACAGUGGAAAAGUUUUCACCUACAGAAAUCCAAACAAAAAUCCAGACAAAGGAGGAAAUAAAUGUUGACUUGGGAGUAGAUAGUCCAGUUCAGGAUCUGCAUGACCCCUAUCAAGUUUAUGCACUUAAGGAAACUAAACAAACUAGAGAUUUUUCCUCUGAGGAAACUGCUGAGUCUGAAGAAUUUCAGGAACUUCAGCGAAGGUUGUAUAGUGUUGUUAACCUUUCUGACCUACAGCCUGUAAUGACAAGUGGUCCUGAAAGUGCCUGCCAGGUAGACCCCCAGGAGACUACAUCUGGUAAAAAGGAUCUCUCUUCUCCUGACUCAGUGCAGGUACCUUCAACAGAAAUCAAAAUUCCAGACCAAACAGAGCUUGGGAAAACCCAUUUACAUGAGACAGAGGUGGAAGACCAACAUGGGUUUAUGACUAUAGAGGAAAAGUUGUCAUCUUCAAUAAAUGUUGAGGUUGAAGAUGAUUGUUUGGUUCAAGACCUGGAUGACAGCUGCAAAGUUUCUCCAGUUAAAGAAACUAAACAAAUGAGAGGAAUUGAGAAUGUUUACUCUGUACAAACUGCCAAGUCUGAAAUUCAGCAAACAUUGUCUAGACCAGACAAUUUAAAAGACCUACAGCCUGUAACGAUGAGUGAUGCUAAAAGUGUAUGCCAAGGAGACUCACUGGAGACUACGCCUAUUAAAGAAGAUUUAUCUUCUAAUAAGUCUCCUGACUCUAUUGAGCCAAGUCCAAUCAAGGACUUUCUAUGUCCCGACUCUUUAGAGACAAGUCCCACAGGCCAGAGAACAGACUCCAAAAGCCCAGAUCAAUUAUAUCAAACCAGCAAUGACUCGCAAAACAGUCAGCCUGUAGUCAGCCUGACAGAAAACAUAGAGCUAGAAAUUAGUAAUGAAAUGAUAAUCCAAAGAGAAGCUGAGAUUCCAGGCUCACAGUGCCUUUCAACUCCCAUAAAGCCACUUCCAUCUCCACUGGAUGAAGAAAACUUACAAAGCAGUGGUCUGGUACAAAGACAGGCCACACCAAAUGAAGAAAUUCUAUAUAUGGGUAUGAAAGUUGGGACAUUUGAUGAAAUGAAAGAUCCUGAAAUGGAGAAGUUUGAUUCAGCCAGUUCUGUAGAGCUUAUGGUGGAGGAUAUGAUGAUGACAGAAGAAAUGUUAAUCCGAAGCGAGGAUAAUUCAUCCUUAUAUUCUGAACUUCCUGAUACACAUGAGCCAUCAGUGCCUUUAAAGCCAGCUCUAGAGGGAAAUGAUGAGGAAGAUCAAGAGAUCAGGGAAGUGAAAAAGCAGUUCACUCCUGAGGAACAGAUGUUCAAGAUGGCAGCAAAAAUCCGGGUCUUUGAUGAAAUUGAAAAAGAAAGCAAAACGAGAAAGGUUAGAUUUGAUUUCACCACUUCAUCCCAGGAUAGAGAUGAUGGGCUGCAGAAAACGGAAGAAGAUUUUCAGUUCUGUGAUGAAAGUUUACUAGAUUAUGAAGAGGAAGACACAAAGCAGAAGUGUGGACCUGAGUCCAGUAUUGUGUUGUCUUCAUAUCGACAGUCAGAGCAGUGUGAUGACACACCACUAACUGAACUACUACAAGAGGAACCUGGACAAGCCCUGAGCGAAAGUCAGGUCUCAGGGUGUACUUACAGCCAUGAAUAUGGAGCUUCAGAGAUUGGCGAGAUGGAGAUGGAAGUGUUACCUAUGCAAAUUUACAUUGACAAAAAGGAGCUGAGUCAAGAAGACUUUUUGCCUGAGUGCCUUAUUAAAGAAGACAAGGCUGACACGAUGGCGGCUUUGGCUGAGGAUUCAGCUGCAAUGUUAGUGGACAACAAAACUGAUAGCAACUCUGAUAUUGAGUGUCACAUCAUCAAUGAGAAAACUGUAGAAAUGCCUCAAUCUUUUAUUUACACUGUGUGUUCUGUAAAUGAUGGGAAAGCUAAGGAAGAACAUCAGCCACACCCAUGUGGUUAUGAAGAGGACCAUGGAGGGAAAUCACAAAGAAUUUCAGAACUGAUUCAGGGCGAUUUAGUUCCUUGGAGUGCAGAGUUGGAGGAUGAUGAAAGCUUUAACUCACAGAUUGAGGCUGAAGAGCAGAAAAUUAGUUCCCAGACCCCAGACACUCAGUCUCUUGAGUCUACACCUGAAAUGCCUCCUGUUCGGACUCCUACAGAAAAUGGGCAACCAAACCCUUUCCUGUUCCAGGAAGGGAAACUCUUUGAAAUGACAAGAGGUGGUGCUAUUGAUAUGAGCAGAAGGAGCAUGGAGGAAGAGCGGGAUGCAUUUGUCUUUUUCCCCAUAAGUGAGGAUCCAUCUGAGGACAGUCCUUGUGAGAAAGUCAGGGAAAAUACAGUGGAAUUUAGUGCCUCAAUGGAAAUUUCAUUAGAUUCAAAAUGUCAAGAUUCACCUCAGGAUGGUUCUGGUUCUUCAGAUGAGCCCAGAGAUUCAGAAAGUCACAGUGACUCAGAGAGCCCAAAAGAGAAAGAUCUGGGAUUCGAUUCAUCAAUAGCAGACAUCGAUACUGCCACGUCUACAGUGACCCGAUCCAUCUACUCUGAGCAGGAUUUGGAGUCGUCUGAUUCAUCAGCAGAGGAUGAUCAGCGCUCAGUUAUUGAAAUACCUACACCUAUUCAAGAUGAUCUUAUGCUCCCUAGUGGAGAGACAUUGCAUAUAUCAUCACACUGGUCUCUCAGCUCAAAGAAAGAUCCUGCUGCAGAACCUGAGAGCAGGAAACCAAAAUCAAAGAUUCCAGUGAAAGCGACUAGCUUUGAUCACUUUUUGGGGAAAGCUGACUCUACUGAGCAAAACCAAAGACCCAAAUCAGAAGCGGAUAUCGGCCUCUCAGACUUUAUCAGUGGUGUCCAUUCUUCAUCAGUGAAACCAAAGACUCCUGUAUCCAAAAUACCUGUGUCUGUAGAACAAACACCAUUAGGCGCACAUCAUUCAGGUCAACCUCAACACACUCAUGAAGGUGGAGGUGCUGAAAAGUCUCCAGAUGAAAAGGACAGUCCCCAAACUGUCCUUGAUGUAGAUGGCAGGUCAACGCAUUUACAAACCCCCUCUGUAGGAGAGGACAUAUUUGAAACCAGACCAAACUGGGAGGAUUGUGUAGAGACGCAGAUGCAGCGACUCUCAGACAGCAGUAGUCCAGAUCAGAGUAAAGUGGAUUGGAAUGAUGAUGCUGAUCGUAAAGAGGAAAUUUUGUCCAUCAUUGCUGAUCUUCUCGGGUUUAGCUGGACAGAGUUAGCUAAAGAGCUGGAGUUCAAUGAGAAUGAAGUUCAUCAGGUUCGAGUGGAGAACCCGAACUCACUGCAGGAACAGAGUGCUGCUCUUCUACAGCGCUGGUCUGAGCGCGAGGGCAAACAUGCCACAGAGGACUGUCUGAUAAAGAAACUGACUAAAAUAAACCGCAUGGACAUCGUCCACCUCAUCAAGACUCAGCUCAACAAAUCAGUACAGGAACAAACGUCCAGAACAUACGCCGAAAUUGAGAGGACACUGGACCACAGUGAAGCUCUGUCCUCAGUACAGGAGGUCAGUCCCCGGAUGGUGAGGAGAGUGGACAUUUCCCAGAAGCCCCCGGCUGCAGUGUCAGAGGAGGACCUAUCAGUGGCCUCACUGCUUGACAUUCCUUCAUGGGCGGAGCCUGUAGGCCACGCCCAUUCUGAGAGUAUCCAUGGAGACAUGGUAGAGGAGCUGGAGGUCACACAAGAUGUGUGGGCAUGUCAGGAAGGUGGAACCGACUCAGCACAAUUGCCUCUACAAGGACCACUCUCAGCUGCAGAUCAGGAUGCAGAUCAGGCUCUGAGUGAACCUGAAGAUCACAAUGUCCUGAGUCUCUCACCUGCAGCAGAAGCUCCAAAACCAUACUUCUUCAACUUCAGUCAGUCUGCCAUUGACAAGUUUUCACAUGAGCUUUCAACAGAUUGGCAUUCAAACCAAGCUGAGGUUUUGACAUACAUGUCACGAGGACAUGCUGAGGAGCAUCUAGAAUCUCCACCUGAUGAUCGUUCUCCUGUGUAUGAGAAAAGUGACAUGGAAGAAAGUGAGAAGUCCUCCUCAGAGUUUCUACAGUCUCAUCUCUCUGGAUCUGAGGCUUACAAAGUCCUGCAACUCACUGAGAAUAAUCAGGGACCUGGAGAGGAACUUACUCCUUCAGUGGACCAAAUGAUGCAGAGAGCUUCUCCAGAGGACUGGACACAGCAAACCCCAGACCUCACAGGGACACCGUCUGAGUCUGAUUAUGUUUUUGUAAAUCCUGAAUCUCAUCAGCUCCCAGCUGGAGAACAUGCUGAGUUUGAUUCAGCAUGUCAUUAUGAAGGUAACAUGGAGAAUCAGGAACCAUCAGAAGGUUGGAAUGAAGUGUCUCAAAUAACAGAAGGUGUCAGUCCAGAGGAAUCUCCUCAGAUGAUUAUACAAAGUGUCCAGGACGCUUCACCUCCUGAAGAAUCUCUAGAACCGAGAUAUCUUUCAGAGGAACUGUAUGAUGAUCAACAUUUCUCUUUACAAGAACAAAAACCUGACCUUCAAAAAACCCACAACAUCUACACUGAAGAUGCUGAAAUGCAGCGUGAGGUCCAGUUUGAAAAGAAGAUCACAUCAGACUGUUCCAUUCUGAAAGACAGCAUUCUUCAGCAAGAUGUUUCACCAUUUUCUCACUCAGAUGUUUCUCCACAAACACCAGACACAGUCCGAGCCACACAGCACUUUGAGUUUGGGGAAGUUCUUUGGGCACCAGAGAGAACCACUGAUCAAGAGUCAUAUCAGCUUCUCACCAAGGUUCCUGAGACAGCAACGUCACAAAGCUCAAAACGUCCACAGUCAGAAUCUUUUAUGUCUGAUUCACCAUCUCAGUUUUCAGAGGCGGCUUCAUUCAGCCGUAGUUUCUCUGAAUCUGACCAAACUACUGUAUGCUCCUUAAGCACCGUUGAAGCUCUGGCAUUACUUCAAAAACUGGUUCCUACGGAAAAUCCGCUGACUGGUGAAGGUGUUGCCUUGGAGAUCACUGAGUCAAUAAGAUCUAAAAGUGAUGAUGAAACAAUCACAAAACCAUUUUCCAAAGCUGAGGAGCCUGAAAUCAUGAAGAUUCAGAAAGAACAUGCUGAGGUUCUCCAGAGUGCCCUCCACCUGCCUGAAGAGCAGGAAAUGUUCUUGACAAACUCAGAUUACUCAGAACUGGGACUAGAACAAAAUGUAGCCUGGGCAACAUGUGUUAGCGUAAAACCACAAGAACAUGAUGCUGAAAGUCUGAGCACAUCUGAGACCGGUGAAGAGGAGAACCAGGAUUCUGUCCAGGACUGCAUGGAAGUAGCAGUCAUCCAGGAAACUUUAGAAGAGUCAGAGGAAAAAGAGGAGCCACACAGACUGAAGAAGCGUUUACAAGCUUACAUUUGUUCUUCUGAAGAAGCUCCUCCUCAUGGGGAUGUUAUGAAUGAUUAUGAUGAUGAUGAUGAUCUGAGGAGGGCUGACAGAGAAGCUGAUGUUCCUCCACAGACUGAGACUGAGGAGCUAUACAUGGAGAAACGGGGAACCCUGCACAUUACACAGGUGAGUCAGAAGGCGGUGGUCAGACGAUGUGCAUCGGCAGAGGACAGAACAGAAGGCCGCGCCCACUCUAGAGCAGUGAAGAGAACAGUGGUGAAGAGCGAUGGGGAUGAGACAGAGGUGAUAUUUACUGAGCAGUCCAAGGCUGCUGUGGUUCGAGUGGUCAGCAAGCCAGUCAGUGAGACGGUCAGCGAGACUGGAAAACAUUUUGAAAAAACUCAUCUGGACACAUACCUGGCCACCACCAAUGAUGACAUCACACAGGGCGAGGAGGAAGAACAAGAGUUCUCUGAAGUGCACUUUGCUGAAGGGUGCAGGAUGGAGGAAGCGGGUGUAUAGGACAGGAAUAUGACCUCUGAUAUCACCGUGACGAUGACCUUCAGCAUCACAUUGCUUCAUUUAGAGGAAUAAUGAUGAACGUUUCCUCUCUUUUUUCCUCUCCUAUCUCUGCACUAACAAUGCUCAAGCAAUCCCACAAUGCACCUCACUCUCUCCUUACUUCCUGUUUUACAGGUCUUCCUGCUUUGAUGUUUGUUUUAUGUCCUCUUCAUCCACCAUGUUCAUUUCAUGAGCAGACUCUGUUUAUUUAUUUAUUUAUUUAUGUAUUUAUGUAUCUAUUUAUUUAUCUGAAAUUGAUUGGGGUGAAGUUAAAAAAAAUUCCAAGUUAAAGAUGUGACUGUGGCACUCCCUGAUGAUGUCAUCAUUAUAGAAGGAACCAAACAAGCAACACUCUCAGAAAAAAGGAACUAAACUGUUUGCUCACUAGUUCUUUAUGGUUAGCUACUCUAAGGACAGCACCUCACUGAAAUGCUAACCAGCUAGCAUAUUUAUUAUAUUGUGGAGAUAUUAGCUACCUAGCUAUUUGGGAUAAGCUAAUAUUACUGAUUAGCUUAUUGAAACACACCCUAGCUAGAUUUACUUGAACAGUUAGCCAGUGUUUUAUUGAUUAAUUUAACUUGAUUAGUAUGAUGCUAACCAUGAUGUAGUGACACAAUGUCCUCACUGAGAAACUUUCAGGAUGUUUGUCCUUUUUUCAUCACUCGUUUAUUGUCAUGGUAACUAUCUCCCUAUUACAUUCACAUUAUAACAAUGCUGUGUGUUGUUAUUUAUAAAAAGUCAGCUAAUCGUGUUCCUGCAUCUCGCUUCAGUGACAUCAUCACUCAGUGACAUCAUCAUGCUAACCUGUAUAUAAUAACCACAUUAACCACUGCAAGUGAAAUUAGCAUUAGCAUGAUUAGCACCAGUCAUGUAAUAAUAACUUAUUAUAUCCAUGGUAUUUAAACUCACCUGCCUGUCUGUCUGUCUGUCUGUCUGCUGUUCCUGUCUCACUCUAUGUCGGUGUUUGUCGUAGUGUUAUAUCAUUGCUUGUUGUGUACUUCACACCCUGUUUUAAUACUGUUUAAGACACGCCCUUCCACUUUCCCUUCACUUCUCAGAAGUGUGUAUCACUAGCCAACAAGCUAACUGCUAAUAAAAAUCUGCCAUUUUGAAAAUUGAAACUUUGAGAUUGGGUAAGAUGUGCUGAAGUCUACAGUGACUCAACACUCAUUUAACAAACUAAUAAAUAAUGCCUUAAGAUAGCACAUGGUUUAAAGGCAAGUGGACUAGGGGAAGUGGACUCGGGGAAGUGGACUAGGGGAAGUGGACUAGGGGAAGUGGACUCGGGGAAGUGGACUAGGGGAAGUGGACUAGGGGAAGUGUGACAGUAUUGUAACAGGGCAUAGAGAGUUUGUUGUUUUAAAAAAGUAGCAAAUAUUAAACUGUGUUUAUGACAUCAUAAUCACUUAUUUAUUUGUUCCCUUAAUCAAGAACAUCACUGUGUGUGUGUGUGUGUGUGUGUGUGUAACUUUAACCUGCUGCUGUGUUUCACUGUGAUUCUCAUUAACACCUGAUUAUUAGAAUUCUAAUAUAAAUUCUAUAAACAGCAUGUGUUCUAGUUUAUUAUAGAGCAUUAACCACUAUACACUGUGUGUGUGUGUGUGUGUGUGUGUGUGUGUGUGUGUGCGGCUGAAAUUAAAAUGUUUAUCAAAGCAUU